AGGCGUGGUCCAAGAUGGGGAAAUUUGGAUUGCAGCUCAAAGCCACUUUGGAAAAUGUUACGAAUUUGAGACCGGUGGGCGAUGAUUUUCGCUGGUAUUUGAAGCUCAAGUGUGGAAAUUGUGGCGAGGUUUCGGAAAAAUGGCAGUACAUCACAUUACUGGACAGCAUGCCAUUAAAAGGAGGACGAGGGAGUGCUAGCAUGGUGCAGAAGUGUAAACUUUGUUCUCGGGAAAAUUCAAUAGAUAUCUUGGGGGACACAAUUACACCGUACAAUGUAGAAGACAAUGAAAGGUUUAAGACAAUCGUGCAAUUUGAAUGUCGAGGACUUGAACCAGUCGAUUUUCAACCACAGGCUGGUUUUGCUGCUAAAGGAGCAGAAACCUCCACUCAGUUCCCAGAGAUCAACCUUCAAGAGAAAGACUGGACAGAAUAUGACGAGAAAGCCAGAGAGUCUGUGGGUAUCUAUGAAAUCACACACCAGUUCAUCAAGUGCUGAAAAUAUCAUAAAUUGUGUGAGGAAAGGUGGAUGGAACUGAAUGAAGACUAUUUUCAGAUGGAUUAAAGCCACACUCCUCAUAUUGAAUGCUGAUUUGCUAUUGGAAAAGACACAUUUAAUAUGAGAUUAUCAGAUGGACAAUCUGGUGGUUGUGCUGUUUUUGCAACAUAAAUAAAUUCUGGAAAGAUUGAA